AUGUCUUAAAACCACUGUAAAUUUUCCAGGAAGAGCAAAAGAAGAUAAAAAAUGCAAUCUAUCUGGGACCUUCGUGUACGAAGCGUAUCCUUGUUGGCGGGCACAUUUACCAUCUUUGGUGAAUCUAGGGAUGAAGGAAGGCUGUGGUCUGCCGAUAAUAUUCAAGCUAAUAUAAUUGCUGAAGCACAAGGGAUGCUUUUAUUUGCCAUGCAGGCUGGAACAGCAGGAAGAAUAGAUUGGAAGAGCAAUAGAAGGCAGUCGAUCUUGUUUGAUUGGUUGAUGAUGCUGUACGCCGGUCGCGUACAUUUACAUCGUUUGUUCUGGUUUGAAGAUUUCACAUUGGGUCUUGCUUCAUGCAGCUUCAAACGAGAAAACAUUAGUGAUUUGAUCCAAGCAACUCCAUCUGCUCUGGGAACAACGACUGGAUCGAUUGCAUCUAGCGUGGAAACGAUUGUACAAUCAUCCAAUGCGAUCUUACAUCUUAUUCAAAUGGAUACAGAUGCUUUAUUCAAACACAGUUUUCUCUCAUGCAAUUUCGGUCCGACCUAUCAACUGAGAUUGUUGCCGAUCGCUUCUACACAUUGGCCACCAAUCGGCUGUUGUCAAAUGGUUGCUUCUUUUGGUUUAGCGGUACAUAUGGCAAGUAAAGAAACAGAAGAUGAAUUACUUGCUCAAUAAAGCAUUAGCAGUAUAGGAAUGGCAGAAGCAUCACUUGGUAUUUUAACUAAGGUUUGGCCUUCAGCGAAACAUUAUCGACGAGAAAUACA